UGGAUCUAUGCUGUCUGAGUACUAGCUACAGAUCACAAAGUAUGAAUCACAGAUAAUAUAUCACUAUUACAAAUAAACAAUCUCUCUCUUACUGAACAUUUAUCUUUUUUUUUCCUACGUGCAAUAGCUUAUACUUUAAAAAACAAUUAGGAAAAGACUUGUACAAGUAAAGUUUAAAGAUGAAAUAGUUUUUAAAAAUAUCAAUGCUGCCAAUGUUACAAUUCAAACAAAGGUGUUUGUAAUCUUUUUUUUCCCCUUCAAAAUAGCACACAAUGAUGUAUACAAUGAGCAGUAUGUGUUUAUCUAAUUUGCAAAUUGUUGUUUCACUACUAAUUCAUUUAUAUACAUUAUUUAUAUAAAUUAUGUAUAUAUUGAGCGCUAUACACAAUUAGCUAUUUCACUUAAUGUACUUCAGUCAUAAAAUCGGAAGGUUAUUGUUCAAAGCACAUUGCAUCAGAAUUCAGCUCUUUUGUGCUAUAGCCUUUACUGACUACAUCUCAAGAUCUUGUGAAAUACUUAGUUAGGAUUAGUUAGUGCCAAAUGUUUCUGCAUGGGACCUGCAGAUCCUGUAGGGCCUGUUCAUCUCGACAGUCAAAAGUCUGUUCCUACAGUGGACCAGUCAUUAAAGAAUUUAAGCUUGUGGUACAGUAAACCUUCUUAAAGUCAUUUUUAUUAUUAAUUUGGAGGAAGUAUGUUGAUAUGAUGAAGGGGAAAAAAUAAGCAAUUGAAUUUUCAGUUUUAUUUAAAGCUGUGUGUCAACGUGCUGCUUGAUAUUUUGAAAUGUGCUGCAUUUAAAUACGAUUUGGACUGUAUCCUGUAUCAAAUAUUUUCUCAGUCCACUUAGGGUUAGUGCUUAGGUUGUUAGGUUGUUGCUUUUUUUGUUUUACUAUUUUGAUGUGAACAUGUUUUAACAAAUGCGCAGAAAGUGUAGAUACAAUUAUGGAGUUUUACAGAGUAUAUACAUUUAGUUACCAGUGAAACUUUGCUGCUGGAACAAAGAAGUCCUUCUUGAAACAUACCUUGACCAAAGUGAAAGUGUUUGUUUGAGAAUGAUAAGUAUGAAGAUGAUGCAUACCGGUCAAUCUACAUUAAGUCUAACCUGUUGGAUAUCUUUCACUAUCUUGAGAUUCAUCAAAGCAAACACCUUGAUAAACUUGAUGAGUUCAAUUGCUUGUGUAAUAUCACAAAGAAUCAGUGUUAAACCACCUGAAUCUGAGUGGCCAGUGAUAGGAUAUCUAUUGUAUGUAUAUGAAUAAGCGUGAUUCUCUCUGUUCAUAUGUAUACUCCUUGCUGAGAGGGAAAAUGGGUCAGCCCACUAGAGACUGUGUGUCACCGUGACUGAUCUGCAGUCAGCUUAAUUAGUCCUCGCUCCUCUCCCUCUGGCAAAGCAGGGGAAUGUGAUGAGCUUGCAAUUUGCCUCUACUGCAGCUCCACAUCUCCUCUUUUCGCUCUUAGAACUGCGAAAUGGGACACUGGCUCAUCUGGAUAGAAUGUUCUAGGUCCAGCUACCACCUACCUUUAUUUAUCUAUUCAUUUAUUCUGGACAUGAACACUAUUACCAAGCAGGUGAGACUAUUUUAAACUGGACAGGAUGUAGGGAAGGCAGAUUUUUUUUGGUCAGAUGUGUCCAAAUCCUGCUCCCACAGAAAGAAAAAAAAAAAGAUACUAUUCUGAACCUUUCCUUGUUGCUGGGGUGGCACUUUGAAAUGUGUUCCUUCCAUUGUGUAUGUUUUACCUGCAAAACGAGUAGAGUGUACUUUUCAAAAAUGAUUUAAGGUACAUAAUUGGACAUGAAGGCCCACUGUUUACUCAUCAUUUAUAGUAAUGCUUUGUACACUACAUGCAACUUCCUGUAAAGACACCACUUAAAAACACAUAAAAGUCAUACCCUUUAGGGUACCAUCUCAGACACAAGGAAUGGAACAGUUUAGUACCUUUUCUUCCGAGAUUGUAGAAUAUUAAAGCUUCCUACUAUAGCUUUUAAAACAUCCCACUACAAGUUUAUAACAUUAUAACAAUAAGCUAUAUAAAAUAUAUAUUCUUUUUCAUGAUAUUUCUAAUAAAAAUCUAUGAUGUUUAAAAGCCACAGGACAUUUGGUCAUUAAAAAAGCUUUGAUUUUAU